GGCCCCAUCAAAAUCUUCCGAAACUAUUAACCAAAAAUUAGCCUUGGUUGUUAAAUCAGGUAAAUAUACUUUAGGUUACAAAUCUACUGUCAAAUCUUUGAGACAAGGUAAGGCUAAGUUGGUUAUUAUUGCUUCCAACACUCCAGUUUUGAGAAAAUCUGAAUUGGAAUAUUACGCUAUGUUGUCUAAGACUAGGGUUUACUACUUCCAAGGUGGUAACAAUGAAUUAGGUACCGCUGUUGGUAAAUUGUUCAGAGUCGGUGUUAUUACUGUCUUGGAUGCUGGUGAUUCUGAUAUCUUAACCACUUUGGCUUAA